AAAAUAGAAAGUCUGGCAGAAAGAACAGCAUAGAAAAACAUGAAAACUUUGUUCUUUAUAUAAAGCAAAAUUUCUAUCUAAAAACCGAAACUCAUCUGGUUAUCAGUAUGCAACCCAGAUUACACAAAAACAAAAGUGUAAUCUAAAAACCGAAACUCAUCUGGUUAUCAGUAUGCAACCCAGAUUACAAAAAAACAAAAGUGUAAAAAAGAAAUCAUCUGUCACAUUUGGCAGAAAAAAUGUUUUUAGUACAACAACAAGCAAACUUAGAUACCUUUAUUACCCAAUGAAAUGUGCUUCGAGCAGAGUGCUUGUUUUGCAUUUUCAAUACACCAUUUUGUUAUGUAAAAACACGAUUUUUUCUUUCUGUGCUCGUUCCAUCAACACAAAGGCACGUGUGCGGCCUAAAAAACACUUUAUACAACCUAAAUUAAUGUGAAUAUUAAAAAUACUAUGUCAGAUGAAAGGCCUGUGCCCAAGGGCAGAGGGGCUGCUCUACUUGCGGCCCUUAAAAGGAGGGAGGAAAAGGAGGUUGGAGUGCAACCUCCAGUGCCUAAAACCCCCGAAGAACCCCCCAAACCGAGAGGUAGAGCUGCAAUGUUGGCGAUGCUAAAAGAACGACAGCAACAGGUUGUUGGGCAAACACCCCCCAAAGAGGUGCAAGAGGUUGUCAAACCUUCAAAACCUGUGCAGGAGGUUACCAAAGCAAUGAGCGAGGUUUCUGUCAGCGAGGAAACUGUUAGUUUCAAAGGUGACCAUGGUAAGCAGUUACGUAUAUCAGCAAACUACAUUAGAUUGGAGUGUGACCCUAAAAGAGGGGUCUUUGAGUACGAGGUUCGAUUUGAACCCGAGGUAGACGCGAAAAAUCGUAGAAUGCGGCUUGUAAACCAAAUAAUUAGAGAGAUGGGGCAGGUUAAAGUUUUUGAUGGUGGGGCCAAGUUGUAUCUCCCUGACAAAAUAACAGAUUCACAAAAAGUUUUCAAAAUGACCUUACCAGAGGUCCCCGACACGGAAUUUAAUGUCAUUAUAACGUUCCAAAAGCAAAAAAAGAUGUAUGAUAGGGAUUCACUGCACCUGUAUAACGUUCUCUUUAAAAGGAUCAUGCAUAUUUUGCUUUACACUCAAAUGGGUAGAAAUUAUUUCAACACCCAUCACAAGUAUUUAAUUCCGCAACAUAAGCUGGAAGUAUUCCCUGGGUUUGCUGUAAGCGUCGACGAGCAAGAAGGGGGGCUAUUAUUGUGUUUGGACACCCAACAUCGAGUAUUAAGACAACAAAACGCUUAUGAGUUGCUGACUGAGUUGCGAUCAAUGGAUCCAAAGCGAUUCAAAGAGGCUGCAAACCAGAGUUUAAUAGGAAGUUGUAUUUUUACACGAUACAACAACAAAACAUACACUGUGGAUGACAUAGCUUGGGAAACAACCCCUCGAGACACGUUCCCCACUAGAGACGGCAACAAUAUUUCCUUUAUGGAGUACUACAAAAAACAGCACAACUUAACGAUAGCGGACGAAUAUCAACCGUUGUUAAUCAACAAGCGAACCGUAAAAGUGGCAGGAUCAGCCCAAAAAGAGGACAUCAUGAUAUGUUUGGUCCCCGAGUUGUGUUACUUGACGGGUUUGACUGACGUCAUGCGCAACGAUUUUAAGGUUAUGAAGGACGUGGCGCAGUACACGCGUGUCACGCCUGCGCAGAGGCUCAUGGCCUUGAAAACGUACCUGAAAAACAUACGGGAAUCGGAGAAGGCGCAGCAAGUGCUGAGCGAAUGGGGUUUGAGGUUAGGUUCCGGCACGAUCGACACCUACGGUCGCCAACUCGAUAACGAGCUGAUUUAUUUCGGCGGUAAUCAGAUCGGCAAACCGACCAAUGCCGACUGGAACCGAGAUGUUGGAAACAAUAAGGUUACUGGUCCUGUUGACAUGAUAAAUUGGAUUGUAUUUUUCACGCAAAGAGAUCGUGAAUUGGCAAGGAGGUUUCAAGACCUUAUGCAGAAGUUGGGGGAUGUAAUGGGGUGUCGUAUUGCUUCCCCCAAGCCAGUGGAACUACCGAACGAUAGGACCGAGUCCUACAUGACCGCUUGCAAGGACAACAUCAAGGAUAGCACCCAAGUCGUCGUUUUCAUCGUACCUUCAAUAAGAGGAGAUCGGUACGCUGUGAUCAAAAAAAUGUGUUGCUCGCAGAUUCCCACCCCCUCCCAAGUGGUUACAGCCAGGGUACUUCAAAAUCAAGCCAAAGUUCGCUCGAUAGUACAAAAAAUCGCCCUGCAAAUGGUGGCUAAAAUGGGGGGAACACUUUGGAACAUCAAGUUGCCCUUCAAAGGCUGGAUGGUCGCAGGUGUUGAUGUUUACCAUGGUGGUCAAAGUUCUACCUGUGGUUUCGUGUGCAGUUUGAACGAAACCCUGACGAGAUACAUGACCAUGGUCAAUUUUCAAGACAAGGAAAUUGGAGAUUACUACAAGAUGGCGUUUACAAAAAGCUUGGAACGUUACAAAACGGAAAAUGGAACUUUCCCCGAGAGAGUCAUAAUAUACAGGGAUGGAGUGGGCGAUGGCCAACUAGAUUAUGUAAAAAGAUACGAAAUAGAACAGUUUUCCAGCGUUCUAAAGCAGUUUGGUUUAGAGACCAAAUUGUGUUUCAUUGUUGUUCAAAAAAGAAUAAACACCAAAAUCUUUGAGAUGAAACGCGAAGGGGCGGAAAAUCCACCUCCAGGCACUGUGGUGGACCACACCUUCACUCGCCGCACCAUGAAGGACUUUUUCCUUAUCUCCCAAAAUGUCAGACAGGGAACAGUGAACCCCACCCACUAUAUUGUCGUUAGGGACGACGCAAAUAUGACGCCAGACGUUAUCCAAAGACUAAGUUAUAAAAUGUGCCACCUUUACUAUAACUGGGCGGGAACUACGCGCGUCCCGGCGCCCUGUCAGUACGCCCACAAGGCGGCAGGUUUAGUGGGGCAACACAUCAAAAAGAUCCCCGAUCCUUCUCUCAGCGACAAGCUGUAUUUCCUCUAAUGUCAUUUUUUGACCUUUGACCUUUUGACUUAAUAAUCUCAUUUUGUUGAAAAUGACAAUUUUGUUUGUUUUCCAGUUUAAGAAUUUGUUUUAUGUUUUUGAUAUGUUACGAUUUUUAUUACGAUGAAACAAUUUUUCUAGGUUAGAUUAAAAAUUUAUACUUAAUUAAUACUACCAAUAUAACAAUAUUAAUUAAAACUACCUUCUGUGUAAUGUCAUUAUAUUAAUAGUUAGUGUUUAUUUGUUUAAAUGAUUUUAUACAUUAAAAUAAAGUUUAUUUUUCUAUUUA